AUGUUGCCGCAGCAAACAAUCGACAAACUCCUCAACCUCGUCGUCGACAAGCCCGACGAAGUGCUCCAACAUCUUCAAAGCGCGCCACAACUAGCAAACCAACAAGACCGCCACGGCUACUCGCUCCUCCACGCCGCCGCAUCCUACAACCACCCUCACGUAAUCGAUCAACUCCUCUCCACCUACAACGUCUCGCCCAACCUCGUAGACGAAGAUGGCGAGACUGCUCUAUACUCCGUCGAAACAGUAGACAUGGCACGCCUGCUGGUCGAACAACACAACCUCGACACCAACCACAGGAACGACGAGGGUCAAACCGCUGCUGAGAAGUUCGAGGCUGAAGGCGAUUACCCCGAGAUUGCUGCAUACUUGUCUUCGCUGGUCCCCGGCGGUGCUGCCGCUUCUAUUCUGUCGCAAACCGGCAACCCUAGCGCAGAACAAGCAGGUGCUGGCACAGUCGCCCCUGGAGAAGCCACAAAUGGUGCUGUUCCUCCACCGCCGCUUCCCCAUGGUAUGAGCUUGGAAUUGGGCACAAUGGCUGAGAGCGAGAUGGGCGAGGCUCCGGAUCCGGAGUUCAGAAGGAGGAUUGAAGAGUUGGCUGCUAGACCCGAUUUCGAGAGCGAAGAGACACAAAGAGAGUUGAGAGAACUGGUGCAGGAUGCGCUGGGCGGUAUGGCAGGAGAGAGUAAUGUUCGCCAGAGAACUUCAUGA